AUGAACCUCUACUUUGCUCCCUACAUCAUGUCUAUCAUCAAGGCCAAGACCAGCUUCAGAGGGAUUUGUGAGUGCAGGCACAUUCCUUUUAGGCCUUUCAAGAAUGACACAGGUUUUCUCUUGAGACCCUUGACUCCCUUCCCAGGUGAUGACAUGGAUGAGGAAGAACAUGGGCAUGAUGAUGAUGAUGGUGACGAUGAUGAUGCUGACAUGGGAGCAUCUACAGCACAGCAUGAUAUGCCACCUCCACAGCCUCCAGUGCAGCUACAGUGGGCACCUCCAGCUGGGUAUUUCGACCCAUACUUUGCAUCGAUGCAGCAGGGUAUGACUUCUCAUAUGGAUAGCCUUGUGACUCAGAUGCAGACUCAGAUGAACUUGGGUUUCCAGAACAUGCAGCAGCAGAUGACACAGUACUUUCAGGAGACCAUGUUCCAGCCUAUGAUGGCUCAGAUGCAGAGAGUUCAGGAGGGUCUCCACUCAGACAUAGCAGCUCUGGAUUCUCGCUUUGAGGAUAUGCCGUCGUCUGAGCAGUUUCUGCAGCUUGAGCAGAGGCAGCAGUAG